AUGAGUGAUUUACCUAUCGAAUUCACCGAAUUGGUUGAUUUAACUUCACUAGGGAUCUCUCCUCAAUCCUUAGAAUUUAGAUCAACCACUUUCGAAAGUGAUCACUAUGUUACAGUUAGAGAAUCUCAGGAUGGUAACAAUUCUGUUGCAAUUGUCGAUUUAAGUAAUGGUAACCUAGUUACUAGAAAAAAUAUGGGUGGUGAUUCUGCGAUUAUGCACCCUUCGCAAAUGGUUAUAUCUGUUAGAGCAAAUGGUACAAUUGUUCAAAUCUUUAACUUAAAGACAAAAUCAAAGUUAAAAUCAUUCACUCUAGAUGAACCUGUUUUAUUCUGGAAAUGGUUAAAUGAAGAAACUUUAGGUUUUAUUACAGCAAGAUCCAUUUUAACUUCUAAUGUUUUUGAUGGUAACGUUAAUGCAGCUCCAACUGUAUUGACUCAAAGACAUCAAACUUUAAACAACACUCAAAUCAUUAACAUUGUCUCUAAUAAGAAAAUGGAUUGGUUUGCAGUUGUUGGUAUCUUACAAGAUAAUGGCCACAUUGCCGGUAAGAUUCAAUUAUUUUCUAAACAACGUAAUAUCUCUCAAGCAAUUGAUGGUCAUGUUGCUAUGUUUUCGGAUAUCACUUUAGAAGGUAACAGUACUCCAGUUCAAGUCUUUGUUACUGGUAACAGAAAUGCUUCUAGUGGUACAGGUGAAUUAAGAAUUAUUGAAAUCGAUCAUGAUGCAAACUUACCUGUUCAAUACCAAAAGAAGAAUGUCGAAGUUUUCUUUCCACCAGAUGCAACUAAUGAUUUCCCAAUUUCUGUUCAAGUUUCAGAAAAAUAUGGUAUCAUUUAUCUAUUAACUAAAUAUGGUUUUAUUCAUCUAUAUGAAUUAGAAACUGGUACUAAUUUAUUUGUUAACAGAAUCACUGCUGAAUCAGUUUUUACUGCUACUUCAUAUGAUAAUAAGAAUGGUAUUGCAUGUAUUAACAAAAAGGGUCAAGUUCUAGCCGUCGAAAUUUCCACUUCUCAAAUUGUUCCAUAUGUCAUAAAUAAACUAUCUAAUGUUUCUUUAGCUUUAACUAUGGCUAAGAGAGGUGGAUUACCAGGUGCUGAUGAUUUGAUUCAAAAGCAAUUCGAUACUUUAUUAGCUCAAAGUGAUUACCAAGGCGCUGCUAAAGUAGCUGCCUCCUCUCAACAAUUGAGAAAUUCAAAUACUAUCAACAGAUUAAAGACUGCUCAAGCUGAACCAGGUGCUAUUUCACCACUAUUAUUGUACUUUUCUAUUUUAUUAGACACAAGCAAAUUAAACAAAGAAGAAACUAUUGAAUUAGCAAGACCAGUACUACAACAAGACAGAAAACAAUUAUUCGAAAAAUGGUUGAAAGAAGAUAAAUUAGAAUGUUCAGAAGAAUUAGGUGAUAUUGUUAAGCCUUUUGACACUACUUUAGCUUUAGCUUGUUAUUUAAGAGCUGAAUGUCAUCCAAAGGUUGUUGCUAGUUUAGCUGAAUUACAACAGUUUGAAAAGAUCUUGCCAUAUUGUCAAAAAGUUAACUACCAAGCUAAUUUUUUGGUUUUACUGUCUACCGUAAUGAGAAGUUCUCCAGACAGAGCCUCUGAAUUUGCUACUAGUUUAAUUCAAAACCCAGAAACUGCUGCUCAAUUAGACAUUGAAAAGAUUGCUGAUAUGUUUUUCUCUCAAAAUCACAUUCAACAAGGUACCUCUUUAUUAUUAGAUGCUUUAAAGAGUGACACCCCUGAUCAAGGUCACUUACAGACUCGUGUCUUGGAAGUUAACUUAUUACAUGCACCACAAGUUGCUGACGCCAUUUUAGGUAAUAACAUUUUCUCUCAUUAUGAUAAGCCGGUCAUCGCAUCUUUAGCUGAAAAAGCUGGUUUAUAUCAAAGAGCUCUAGAAAAUUAUGUUGAUAUCAGGGACAUAAAGAGAUGUAUCAUCCAUACAAAUGUUUUACCUGUCGAUUGGUUAGUCUCAUAUUUUGGUAAAUUGAAUGUCGAACAAUCUAUGGCAUGUUUAAAAGCUUUAAUGGAUAAUGACAUCAAGCAAAACAUUCAAAUUGUAGUUCAAGUUGCAACCAAAUAUUCUGAAUUAAUCGGUUCUACAAUUUUAAUCAAAUUAUUUGAAGAAUAUGGUGCCACCGAAGGUUUAUACUAUUACUUGGCCUCUUCAGUAAACUUAACAGAAGACAAAGAUUUGGUUUACAAAUAUAUUGAAGCCGCUGCUAAGACAAAGCAAUAUACCGAGAUUGAAAGAGUCGUUAAGGACAAUAACGUUUAUGACCCAGAAAGAGUUAAGAACUUCUUGAAAGAUAUUAACUUAGAAGAUCAAUUGCCAUUAAUAACUGUCUGUGACCGUUUCAACUUUGUUAACGAGUUAGUUAUAUACCUUUACAAUCAACAAAACACUAAGUUUAUUGAAACUUACGUCCAACAAGUUAACCCAACAAAGACCCCACAAGUUGUUGGUGCAUUAUUGGAUGUUGAUUGUGAUGAAAACUUUAUCAAGUCUUUGUUACAGUCUGUAUUUGGUCAAGUCCCAAUCAAGGAAUUAACUGAAGAAGUUGAGAAGAGAAACAGAUUAAAAUUAUUAUUACCUUAUUUGGAACAAUGUUUAACUCAAGGCAUUCAAGAACAAGUUAUCUACAAUGCUUUAGCCAAGAUUUACAUUGACUCAAACAAUGGUCCUGAGAAAUUUUUAAAGGAAAAUGAUCAGUAUGACACUCUAGAUGUUGGUCGUUAUUGUGAAAAGAGAGAUCCAUUCUUAGCUUACAUUGCUUACGAUAAGGGUAACAAUGAUCAAGAUUUAAUCAGAAUUACUAAUGACAAUAGUAUGUACAAAUAUCAAGCUAGAUAUUUAUUAAAACGUUCUGACUCUGAAUUAUGGAAUUCUGUCUUAUCUUCUGAAAAUGUUCACAGACAACAGUUAAUAGAAGCCGUUAACUCUGUUGGUAUUCCAGAAUUAACUGACCCACAACCAGUUUCUGUCGCUGUCCAAGCCUUCAUGCAAAAUGACUUGAAAUUAGAAUUAAUUGAAUUAUUGGAAAAGAUUGUUUUAGAAGAAUCCGCUUUUAGUGACAAUGUUGCUCUUCAAGGUCUAUUGUUAUUGUCUGCUAUCAAAUACGAACCAAAUAAGGUUAGAAGAUACAUUGAAAAGCUAGAAAAUUAUGAUGCUGAUGAAAUCGCUUCAUUAUGUAUCGAACAUGAUUUGAAAGAAGAAGCUUUCGAAAUUUAUGACAAACAUGAAAUGUAUAGCAAGGCCUUAAAGGUUAUCGUCGAAGAUAUCAUUUCUUUAGACAGGGCCCAGGAAUAUGUUGAAAAAAUUAACAGUAAGGAAUUAUGGUCUCAAUUAGGUGCUUCUCAGUUAGCAGGUUUACGUGUUCCUGAAGCUAUUGAGUCAUACAUCAAAGCUGAAGAUUCAUCUAAUUUUGAAGCAGUUAUCGAUACUGCCGCUGAAGCUGGUAAUUAUGAGCAGUUAAUUCCAUAUUUAAUUAUGGCUAGAAAAACAUUGAAGGAAUCUAAGAUCGACGGUUCAUUAAUUUUAGCCUACGCUGCUUUAGAUAAGAUUAAUGAAGUUGAAAAUAUAGUUUCAAAUUCAAAUGCUGCCAAUCUUGAAUCUGUUGGUGACAAAUUAUUGGCCAGCAAGAGCUACAAGGCUGCUAAAUUAUGUUUCGCUAGUAUUUCUAACUAUUCUAAGUUAGCUUCGACCUUAGUAUUUUUGGGUGAUUAUCAAAAUGCUGUCGACACUGCUAGAAAAGCAUCUAACAUUAAAGUUUGGAAACAAGUAAAUGAUGUCUGUAUUGACAAGAAGGAAUUCAGACUAGCUCAAAUUUGUGGUUUGAAUUUAAUCAUUCAUGCAGAAGAACUAAAUGAAUUAGUACAUAAAUACGAAUCCAAUGGCUACUUUGAAGAAUUAAUUUCAUUAUUCGAAGCAGGUUUAGGUUUAGAAAGCGCACACAUGGGUAUGUUUACCGAGUUAGCAAUCCUAUACAGUAAGUAUGAACCUGCAAAGACUUUUGAAAAUUUGAAGUUGGUCUGGUCUAGAAUUAAUAUUCCAAAAGUUAUCAGAGCUGUCGAAGAAGCUCAUCUAUGGAAUGAAGCCGUUUUCUUAUACGCUCAUUAUGAUGAGUGGGAUAACGCUACUUUAACAAUGAUUGAAAAAUCUACCAAAUCUUUUGACCAUGAUUACUUUAAAGAAAUUGUUGUUAAGGUUUCAAAUUUGGAAAUAUACUACAAGGCUAUCAACUUUUAUGUUAAAGAACAUCCAAUGUUAUUAAUUGAUUUAUUAACUGUCUUAACUCCAAGAUUGGAUAUUCCAAGAACUGUCAAAAUCUUUACCAAGUCUGACAACCUACCAUUAAUUAAACCAUUCUUAAUUAACGUUUUACCAAAGAAUAACUCUGUAGUUAGUGAAGCAUAUCACGAUUUAAUGAUAGAAGAGGAAGACUACAAAGCUUUAACUAUUGCAGUUGAUUCUUAUGAUAAAUUUGAUCAAUUAGGUCUAGCAAGUCGUUUAGAACAACAUGAUUUGAUAUUUUUUAAGAAGAUCGCCGCAUUACUAUAUCGUAGAAAUAAGAAAUGGGCUAAGAGUUUAACUAUUUUCAAGCAAGAAAAAUUAUGGAAGGAUGCUAUCGAGACAGCAGCUAUUUCACAAGAUCAAAAGGUAGUUGAAGAUUUAUUGAACUACUUUGUCGAAAUCGACAACAAAGAAGCAUUGGUUGCAUUAUUAUACACUGCUUACAGCCUAGUUAAAUUUGACUUUGUCUUAGAAUUAGCUUGGAUUAAUUCUCUGGAGAAUUACAUCAAACCAUUCGAAAUUUCAAUUAAAAAGGAACAAGCUACUAUGAUUGAAAAACUGUCAAAGGAAUUGAAAUCUAAGGGCAAUGUUUCUAAUGACGAUAAUAAUAGUGACCAACCAUUAAUGUUAACCAAUGGUAUGGGGUAUUAA